AGACUAUAUUAGAUCACUAAAUUGAAUAAAACAGAACCUUUAUUCAGCCAAUCAGAGCUCGCCGCUCGUCAGUUUUCACCUCCUAACCACAGCGCUAGCUUCGCCGUACACAAUCUCAUACCCCUAUUCCAUCAUUAUGCUGAAUACCCUCUUCUUGAUUAUCUCAUUCUAUACAGGCCUCACUGACUUUGCUGUCUCUAGAUACAGAUAUACUCCUAUCUUGAAAGCCAUGGCUACCUCUGUCUGCCUCUACUCCCACCUCUACCCCCACGUUGCUGUGCCUGCCCUUUGCCACGGCCACCUUGCUGGUGCCUAUUUUCUUGUUCAGGAUUCAGUUCCUACGAACACCAGCUGGACUAUCACAGUCUCUAAUAUAAUUGUCUUUGGUCCACAGGAGGAAGAUUUCCACGCCGAUAAAGGCGCAGGUACCGGAAAUAAAAUGAAUUACAGGUCCCUGUCUAUCAGCCGAGUCCGUGGUUAUGCGCAUGAAGCUCGUAUCAAUUCAAAAUGAAAACCACUUGAUAAUCUUGGUAGGGAAUAUGAGUCAAUCCAUUAGUUUCAUAAACAACAGUUCAUUGAUCCCUCAAUUCCAUUUCCAACUCUGUUUUCUAUCAAUAGGAUCUGUCAAGCAAUCUGACAAGCGACCCCUUCGGCGAUUCCAUUCAAUGAUCCUGUUCAGCAACUCCAUGA